AUGGCAGAUGUUGCAGCAGCAGUGGAAUACCUUCAUCAUGGUUAUUCAGUACCUAUUGUCCACUGCGAUUUGAAGCCGAGCAAUAUACUACUAGAUAAUGAUAUGGUUGCACAUGUUGCUGAUUUUGGAAUUGCAAAACUCUUGGGUGGAGGAGAUUCUAUAACCCAAACCAUGACCCUAGCCACAGUUGGGUAUAUGGCUCUAGAGUAUGGAUUGGAAGGAAUGGUUUCAACAAGAGGGGAUGUGUACAGUUUCAGAAUUCUAGUGAUGGAAACAUUCACAAGAAGGAAGCCAAUAUAUGAGAUGUUUGAUGGGGAAAUGAAAAUAAAGCAAUGGAUUGCAAACUCACUAGUAUUACCAGAUGCAAAGAUAGAUGAAGUUGUGGAUGCCAAUUUGAUUGGGAUUAGGACACAGCAGGAAGACGAUGAUCACGUGAGGAAGAGGGAUUGCAUAUUAGCCAUUAUGAGAUUAGCUCUUACAUGUUGUGUAGAAUCCCCAGAAGAGAGGAUAAGUAUGAAAGAAGCUGCAGCCACACUCAACAAAAUCAAGACAAAGUUUUUGAAGAAAGCUACUGCGGGAAGAGGUGUGCUGUUAAACCAUCCUCUUGUUCAGCAGUGCUUCAAUUAA